AACUCCCCCACGGCGUCUCGUCUCUCGUGUCGCGCACCAACUUCCAAUUCCUCCUCCCACCUCCGCCUUCGCCGUCGAGAUCUCGCGCGCCCGAGCUCCAGCUCGGCCUCGGCCUCGGCCUCGGCCCCGCGCCCGCCGCCAUGGCCACGCGGAACCGGACGCCGCUCUACCGCAAGUACCGCGACGCGCUGCGCCACGUCCGCUCGCCGGCCGGGGCGCCGUCGUCGUCCGGCGGGGGCGGGGGAGGCGGGCCGGUGAUCGAGAUGGCCUCGCUGCUGCGCUCCGACCGCACCUACGCGCCCCUCAGCACCGACGACCCCUCCGCCUCCAGUAGAGGUGCCGUGACGGUCGGGCUGCCCCCAGCCUGGGUGGAUGUUUCCGAAGAGAUAUCUGCAAACAUGCAGCGGGCAAAGAUGAAAAUGGGGGAGUUGGCUAAGGCACAUGCCAAAGCCUUGAUGCCAUCAUUCGGCGAUGGUAGAGACGAUCAGCGAGCAAUUGAGGUUCUCACACAUGAGAUAACGGACUUGCUGAAAAGGUCGGAGAAGAGGCUGCAGAAGCUGUCCAUGAAAGAUUCAUCGGAGGAUUCAAAUGUCCGAAAGAAUGUCCAGCGUUCUCUUGCUACAGACCUGCAAAACCUCUCAAUGGAGUUCCGUAAAAAACAGUCAACUUAUCUAAAGCAGCUUCGCCAACAAAAAGAGGGUCAGGAUGGUGUUGACUUGGAAAUGAAUAUAAAUGGGACGAAAUCUACAUUUGAAGACGAUGAGUUUGAGGAUGUGGGUUUCACUGAGGUUCAGAUGUCAAAACUCAAGAAAAGCGAAGCGUUCACCAGAGAAAGGGAGAGAGAAAUCGAACAGGUUGUCGAAUCAGUCAAUGAGCUUGCACAGAUCAUGAAGGAUCUUUCAGUUCUCGUGAUUGAUCAGGGAACUAUCGUUGAUCGGAUAGACUACAAUAUACAGAACGUUGCAGCUUCUGUUGAGGAGGGUUACAAACAAUUGCAAAAGGCUGAGAGGACGCAGAAGAAAGGGGGCAUGGUGAUGUGUGCCACUGUCCUUGUCAUUCUGAUCUUCAUCAUGAUCGUCCUUCUGAUUUUGAAGAAGAUCAUUUUCUGACAUACAUAGCUAUCUCUUUUUUAUGGUUGAUGGACGGUAUCCAAGCUCAUCUACUCCUUAUUCGAGUGAGGAUUACACAGUGCCCUGCAUAUUGGGAACGCCGCAGUUCGUUUGAAUAGCGCGAUACGACUUACUGAUCUGAAGAUGGUUCUUCUGCCCAUAUCCAUAAUGGCUGGGGCAGCAACUGUCCUCAGUCCUCGCCACAAUUUUUUGCAGCGCUGCAGAUGUAGAGAGGUCUUAUUCAUACAUGCCUCAUUUUUUGGGAGAAAAAAAUGUGAAGAGUUGUGUUUGACACAUUUUGCCUUCCUGAUUGUCUUGGAGCAACCAGGUUAGGUUUGUGUACGCCUCUGUAUAGAGUGAGUUGUAUCAUCCAGUUCUCGUAAAUCAAAAAGUAGCUUCAGUUCCUGUUCA